GUGGCAGCUGAGCAUCAAGGAUAUUCAAACAAUCUACUAAGAGUCAUUCGGAAAAUUACAAAAUGCGUUCUAUUGCUCAACUUACCUGGCUACUUUCUGUUGCAGUAUCAGUACUGGCAGCGCCAACAGAGCUUUCUCAUGAAUCCUCGCUGGAAAAACGUGGUCCUCAUAACUUUGUUAUGGGCCCGGAUCACCCGCUCAUGAUGGCUCGUCAAAAUGCAACUCUGUCCCGCCGCUCUACAAACUACAAGCAGGACUAUGUCACUGGUGGAACAGUGAAUUUCUCUCCCGGAAAUGGCGAGUUCUCUGUUUCUUGGAAUACGCACGACGACUUUGUAGUUGGUGUUGGAUGGAACCCUGGAAAUACUUUGCCAAUUACGCACUCAGGCAGCUUCGACGUCACGUCUGGACUCGCUAGCCUGUCCGUCUAUGGUUGGAGCACCGAUCCGCUCGUCGAGUACUAUAUCAUCGACGAGAUGGUGGAUAUGCAGCAAGCCGGCACCCAAAAGGGAACCGUGUAUAGUGAUGGGGCCACAUACACUAUCUGGGAAAAUACUCGCGUGAACGAGCCCUCAAUUCAAGGCACCUCAACAUUCAACCAAUACAUAUCAAUUCGCAACUCUGGCAGAACUAGUGGAACAAUCACCGUGGAAAACCACUUUAAUGCCUGGAAACAACAUGGUAUGAAUCUCGGAAAGCUCAAUUUUCAGGUUAUUGCUGUCGAAAGUUGGAAUGGCAGUGGAAAUUGCAAGCAAACUGUUUCAAACUAAUCUGGUACUAUUUUAUAAUGAGGCCCGUCAAUAGGUUUUGAGCAUCAGGUUCACAUUUUGGAGGGCUUGAUUCCUUCUCGUCGAUGAAGAUCAGAAUUCCGACUGGUUUGUGCAUAAAUAAAGAUGCUUUUAAUAGUUAUUCAGACGCAUUUGAACCGUGGAAAUGAGGAGGAACAAUAUUUUGCCUUGUCACAAUGAGAUGUAUAUAUAGUCCAUACUGAACCCUAGGCUUCCAAGGUUAUGACUCAUGUUAUGAUUGUCCGGU